UCUUAUUUCUGGCCAGUGUAUAUAAUCCGGUUUUCUACUAAACUCUAUAUCCAGUCCUAUUUCAGCAGUUGUUGAACUCACCCAACAGACAACAUGACCAAGCUGUUUAUUAUCGCUGCUGUUUUAGCUGUCGCGGCCGCUGCUCCUUCCAGCAGUUACAAAUCGGUGGAAUACAAAGCUCCCGAAAUCACCAUCGUGAGCCAAUCUGAUGUCCGCAAUCUUGAUGGCAGCAGCAACUGGAGCUACGCUGGAUCUGACGGUACCACUCGUGACGAGUCCCAGGUCCAGAAAAAGAUGCAAGGAGUCACCUACGACUCUUACGGCAAAGAAACGUACGGUGAAGUCCUCGGCAACACCAACAAGGGAUCAUCUUACUGGAUCUCCCCCGAGGGUCAGAAAUUCACUCUGACUUGGGCGGCAGAUGAGGCGGGAUUCCAACCCAAGGGCGACCACUUGCCCGUCGCUCCCGUUCACGUUUACGAGCUCCCGGUCGCUCCCGUCCAUGAAUACGAACUUCCCGUUGCCCCUGCACUCCCCUACAAACGCACUGGACUCGGUUAUUAACUCAAAUCAAAUUUCAUUCUUAAAUUUCACACGAAAUUUCUUUCUCAUGUUCCUAAUUGCACCAGUAUGUAAAUUAUAGGUGUGGUAAUAAAUAUAUUAGUUAAA